AUGAUGGUCACUGACAAACCUAUGGAGCUGAUACGUUUAGAGAAGAGCGCCCGGUUCCAUCAACAGGUCUCACACAUGUUCAACUCUGAGUGGAAACACCCCAAUACAAGAGCAGAGCUAGUGUCCAUCUGUGUCAUCAAGAAUACCAAAGACCCCAAACUCGAGCUUCGGUUCCAUGGAACACAACGCGCCUGCUCGAUUGGCAGUAGCUCUUUAGAACCUUGUGACAAUGACGAAUGCUAUCUUUGCAGUAUCCUCGAAAAUGGGUUCUCACUCGAAUACGCCAAACCUACAUCCAUGUUUGGAUCUGGAAUCUACUCCACUGUCGUCUCCUCUAAGGCCAACAUUUAUGCCAAGAAUCACGGUGUUAAUUCCAAAAAGCAUGUUUUGAUUCUCUGUGGGAUUGAUCCUGGCAAGGUCAAGACUACGAAAGGAGCAGGAGAUCCAGGCCUAUGUGACUCGGUAGAAGGCCUUACCAGAGCUGACGGUGGCCGACUUGUGUACCAAGAAAGUGUUAUGUACGACGAAGCAAGAAUCAAGCCGAUCGGCCUAGUCGUGUAUACGCGAGAGGCUUGA